AUGGCAGAGCAUAAAUUAAUUGAUGGAUAUGUUGUGACCAAUAAAUUACUCGGAACAGUACAUUUAUUAUUUUUACAUUAAGGGAGCAUUUGGAUCAGUUUUUAGAGGCUAUAAAGAAAGUGAUCCUAAAUUAAUUGUUGCUGUUAAAAUGCUACCAAUGACGGAAGGCACAAAUAAAAAUUUCAUAAGAAACAUCAGGAGAGAAAUUGAAAUACUGUCAAAAAUAAGAAGCCAAUAUAUUGUGCAGUAAAUUCAUACUUAACUUAAAGGUUAUUUCAUGCAGCUAGAACUUAGAAAAAUUACUAUAUUUUCUUAGAAUAUUGUAAUGGAGGAGACCUUAAAGAUAUGAUGAAAUCAAAAGGAGGAUAUCUCUCUGAAUAAGAUGCUGUUACUUAUUUCAAACAAAUCAUUUAUGGAUUUAAGGCCAUUUAUUAAGAAAAUGUUAUACAUAGAGAUAUUAAACCAGCCAACAUUUUAUUACAUAAUGGUAUUAAAUAAUCUUAAAAUAGGUAUCGCUAAAAUCAGUGAUUUUGGAUUUGCUAGAGUUGUGGAAGAUAUGGAAGGAUAAGAGAAAUUCACUUUGCUUGGAACUCCUCUCUAUAUGUCUCCUUAAAUUUUGGAGUAAGGAAAAUUUAACUCUAAAUGUGAUAUUUGGUCGGUAGGAAUAAUGUUUUAUGAAAUGCUUUAUGGACACCCUCCUUGGACAGCCACAAGCCAAUUAGCAUUAUUAGAUUAAAUAAAAAAAAAACCACUGACUUUCCCAAAUCAACCAAAAAGACAACAAAUAAUUAAAGAUCUCAUUUCUAAAAUGUUAGUCAUUGAUGAAGAACAAAGAAUUAAUUGGUAUGACUUGUUUGAAAAUGAAUUAAUAAAAUGCAACAGCCAAGAACUUAAAAAUAAACUCAAUCUCAUAAUAGAUAGUGUCUAAGAUACUUUAGAACAAUCAGUAUAAUUGAAUAGAUUUUAUGUGGAUAACAAUCUUAUCCUUGCUCAAGGAAAAAACCAAGAAACAUAAGUGUUAUUUGAAGUUAAAAAUGAUGAUGAUAACAUGAAUAUAGAAUAAAAAGAUAACUCCUAAUAAAAUUUAGACGAUCUUAAAGGAUUAACAUAUAAUGAUAUCAUUGAGGCCCAAACUAAAAAGUUAUAAGAACAAAUUACAAUUAACAAAAUUGAUGCACAUCUUUCACUUAUGAGAAACAUUGGUAUAUUUGUUAAUCUAACAACUAAUAAUGUAUUUUAGCUAUUUAAAGAUUAAUAAUUAAACAUAUCAACUCAUUUGUUUUAUCGAAUUAUGUUCCUCCUGUAAAAAUCACAAAUGAUAAUAUUUGAUGACUUAAUUAAUAUUAUGGCUAGUAAAGUAAUAUAAAUGUAAUAUUUAGACACCCAUUGGCAAUGGAUUUACUGAUUUAGAUUGGAAACUCUAUAAAAAAAAUUUAUAGUAUUUUACAACUUUAAAAGCUAUUAAAACAGAUAAAUAUUAUCUGAAAGCAUAUUACGAGGAAAUAACGAAACGAACCUACAACUAUUUAACUAAUUAAAUACAAUAAGAAAAAAUAGAUGGGUAAGAUAAAAUUGAUGUAAAAGAAUUCCUUUCAAUCAUGACUAAUAACUAAUAAUCAGAUUUAAAUUUUAAUAAAAUUUAUGAGAAAACUCUCAAACUUUGUAUCAAGUAAAUGUAUGAGUAUGUUUGCCAACAACAAAAAUCAACAGAAAAUCGAAUAUUUUUACAAACCUUAAAAUAUUUAUAACUUUGUUUGAACCCAUUUGCUUAUUUCAGAUAAAAUAAAGAAUUUUCGGACUUUAGCAAAUUUUAUGAAUAUUAUGAUAACAUUGACAUGGAAAUGUUUUUGCAAUAGAUUCGUGAAAAUUUUAAAUUCUUUUGA